UACCGUGUCAGUAUAGACCGCUAAGACAACAACACAACUGGAGUCAACGCGACAAACGCAUGACUACAAAGGACCGCUUAAUAUGGUGCUUUACACGGUGAUGGAGAACUGAAUUCAUCGACAGUGAUGAAGGAAUGCAGUUCCUUAUUUUCCUUCCCUACUCGGGGCGGAGAAGAGUGCGCUCAGAAAUGUCGCUAAGGAAACAAGUUGCAGCCCUGACGAAGACAAGUCCCCUUGCCGAAAAGUUCGCACGCCACAGACAUCCUGCAUUCAACCGCUGUUGAUCAUUUUCUAUAAUACUGCUUUCUGCCGACAGGAGUAUAUAGCGCGAUUUCCUAACGCGACAGGCAAAACUUCAAACAAUCGAAGCUGUUUUUUUUCUUUUUUUUUUUUACAAUCUAAGGACAAGUUCACGUUGUGGGUGUGAUAUACGGUGUACUUGACUGAGUAGUAGCGUAAAAUAAUUCGUGGUAAGGAGAGUGGCCAACGAUGCGCCGAUGGAUAGCGAGAGCUGAAAUACCUUAUUAUAAAUCAGCGACGUAUAACCCUGUUGCAGCAUGUCAACGAUGUCAAAAAGAAAAAAGUCGCCUCAAACGCCUUGGCAGAGCAUGCAGAUGACUUGGGCCACAGAAUUGAUUGGGAUAACGCCAAGAUAUUAGAAAAAGAAAGAAAUUUAGCGUCAAGACACCACUUGGAAUCCCUCCUAAUCCAAAUGACAGAUAGCACCCUCAACCGGAAUGACGGAACCCUCCCCUCCAUCUACACGCGCUGCUUACGUCAUAUUUUAAAGCCUUAAAAACAUUGUAUCGCACGUCCUUGAUUUCAUUGUGAACAAGGCUCCCGUCAGGGGAGCCGAAACGUCUUUUCUUGUAUUCAUUCAGUGGUCGGUGUCCUUCUUUUUACCCUUCUUCAUGAUGCUUCCCGACCAGACGGGCUUCCGUCAAAACCUCGACUUCAUAACCCUGUUGUAAUUCGAGUAUCAAGGGCGGUUGAACGAAGCAGCGUAGUUUAGGAUUCAUUCGAGAGCGCCACUGUUCCAUCAUGUUCAAAUAGAAUUAUGCAAUUCCAGUUAGUUUUUUUUUUCUUUUGAACAAGAGCUCUUUGGUUCUUCCUAGGUGACCAGUGUGCUCAACAUCGCCGGCUACAUUACUGGAUUCCACCGAAAGCCAGGAGAGAAGAUGCGGGCGAACGAAGUCCUCUACGUCAUUGAGACAUCUUUGAAUCUAAUCUCCGACGUAGCAAUGCUGCACGCGCUUUAUCGGCCACCGCGUAUUCUGAGCGUUCUUCUAGACUGGAUCUGGCUGUUUGUCAUCUGGAACGCCGGAACCACGAUCAUCUGCGUGGGCUCGCGCCUACUGGGGAGUUACAUUGAGUGCCGCAAGGCCCGUGUGGACCUCGAGUCGAUACCUUACAACCGCGAUGCUGACACACACCGGAAAAUACUGUUCAUGUCCUGCGCCUUCCAGUACGCGAUCAUAUUUAUCUUCAAGUUUACACUACUGAGCGUGGUCUACCGCUUUUACGAGGAACUCCGCGCAAAGACGACGCAGAGGAACGUCGUCCACCGAGUAGAGGCCGGUGACGCCGGCUCACAAGAUUUCACCCACAAGACGACUUGACCACCACGUCGAAAUAUAUUCCGUUUAUAUCUUUCUUUUUAACACCUAAAUUUUUGUG